UGAACAUUUGUUUACUCUUUCUUUUCACCGAGCAUUGGAUCUGCACCUGAACGCACCACGCGUCUGACGGCUCACGGUGGUCAUGUGACCCUCAGCAGCCAGGCCACUCUCGGCUUCUCCCUCUUUUGCUCCAAUGUCGAAGGUGCUUGUUCCUGGAAGAAAUGGACUCUGGCAAUGCGCGACUUUGAUCAUUCAGAGAUCCGAUCAGUUGAUUCUGUGAAUGGCGCCAAAACAGGACCCUAAACCUAAAUUUCAAGAAGGUGAAAGAGUCCUGUGCUUUCAUGGGCCACUGCUCUAUGAAGCAAAGUGUGUCAAGAUCAACAUAAAGGAUAAGCAGAUUAAAUACUUCAUUCAUUACAGCGGAUGGAACAAAAACUGGGAUGAAUGGGUUCCUGAAAGCAGAGUUCUCAAGUAUGUGGACAGCAACCUCGCAAAACAAAGAGAGCUUCAAAAGGCCAAUCAGGAUCACUAUGUUGAGGGAAAGAUGAGAGGUUUAGCACCAAGCAAGAAGAUUGCUGCUGUGCAGCAGAAAAAUGUUGAUCUGAAAGUGAAAAAGGCUAAACAAAAAACCCCAGGUCCCGGAGAAGGCACCAGCAGUGGAGAGAUGCCCCAGGGACCCCGGAAGAAGAGAGCCCGGGUCGAUCCCACCGUGGAGAGCGAGGAGAUGUUCACCAACCGUGUGGAAGUGAAAGUCAAGAUCCCUGAAGAGUUGAAGCCGUGGCUGGUGGAUGACUGGGACCUAAUCACACGGCAGAAACAGCUAUUUCAUCUACCUGCAAAGAAGAGUGUGGAAAUGGUCUUGGAGGAAUAUGCAAACUACAAGAAAUCCAAGGGACACUCUGACAACAAGGAGUACGCUGUGAACGAGGUGGUGGCCGGGAUCCGGGAAUACUUCAACGUCAUGCUGGGAACUCAGCUGCUCUACAAGUUUGAGAGGCCGCAGUACGCCGAGGUCCUGGCGGAGCAUCCGGACGUGCCCAUGUCCCAGGUGUACGGCGCCCCGCACCUGCUGCGCCUGUUCGUUCGCAUCGGAGCCAUGCUGGCCUACACUUUACUGGAUGAGAAGAGUCUGGCUUUGCUGCUCAGUUACCUCCAGGAUUUCCUGAAGUACCUGGUCAAGAAUUCAGCCACCCUCUUCAGUGCCACUGACUACGAGGUCGCCCCCCCGGAGUAUCACCGCAAAGCUGUGUGAGAGCUCCCAGCGACACAAAACCAGUAAAAGAACCAUUACCACCACCGGACAAGCUUUUUUCCUUAAAUUCCCUCAAAUGCCUCUUUUUUCAAAGGACUCAGGAGAAUGUCACAGUGGAGGAAAAAAAAAAAAACAGAAAACAGUGACACGUUUUUAUGAGAUCACUUUUAGUUUUUUGUUUGUUUUGUUUUUUUUACACAAAAUUGUGUUGUGUAAACACGAGCAGCUCUUUGGUGUUUUUGUGCAGAUGUACUCGUUACCGUUGCAUGCCUGUGUAUUUAUUAGUAUUUCCUCUGCCACGUAAUGUGCAAUUUUACUCACAACCACAUGGUAAAACGUCAGCCGUUAAAGGUUUUUGUAUGCUGUAUAUUUGUAUCGAUUUGUUAAAAAAAACAUUUUUACACAACCUCUAUGUUGUUUACUUGUUUCUCGUUGCCAUUGUGUAAAUCAUUUUGUGUUAGGUUUGUCCUGUGAAGGGUAACUGAACAGAGGGCAGCCACUUUCCUCUGUCCUCCCAUCCAAACAUCCAUGUAAAAUGUGCUAAGUUUGUAUUCGUCUGACAGCAGUGAGCAGUUCUGUCCAUCUCUCAUGCACCGGUUCAUGAAAAAUAUAAAUUUUGUGGCUCAUAACUAAGUCAUCACUUCAAGUUUCAUAAUUUAUGUUGCCAAAUGUAAAACACUGAAGAUGUCUGCAACGAUAAAUGUUGAACCCAUGUUUGUUGUAAUAUGUAGUUCUUUUUGAGACUAUGACAGCAGACAGGCGUCAUGAAAACUGUACAGAUCCCAAGAAGAUAAAUAAAUGAUUAUGGAUGAAAUAUUUAAAUUGAUAAGUCAUCAUCAGAAGUCUGAUUUUACCCAACUGUUACCACUCAUCUGGGACCUAACAGAAAACAAUUGACUAGUACAGUUCAACCAGAAUUCAUUAUGAUAUUACUGUAUGUAUCCUGAGAAACAUUUGAUUAAAAUUAGCCAUCUAGUCUGAAAGGUAAUUUAGAUCUAAACAUGGAGGUGGGUUUUCUGUUCUUUUCAGUGUUGAAAUAAAUAUAAAGACCCAUUUGCCGCUGUAAGGAAACAUCUGUAAAUAUAUUCCCCUGGAAAACUCAACAAUUAAGACCAAAAUGUGUUGCUUUACUGGAGCAGAAUUACAUCUAAAGGCAGAAUUGAAGUUGCCUAUAAGACUCUUAUGUAACUCAUUGAUUCUUAAUGUUUCUAUCAACUAUAACCUGUACUUUUACUAAUGUGGUCUGUUCAGGUGGUGCAAAAAAUUGUAAAUCAUCACUUGCCGUUGAUAUGGGAUUAAAUUAGUGAAGAACAAAGGAUAAUAUUUUGCUCUGAAAUGUUGCAAAAGGUAUUUGUAUUCAUUCGAAUAAAUUUGUAUUACUAAUGUGAAAAUGU